GGGCAUCAAAAUAUAGCAUCAUUCGUCCUACUUCUGAUGCACCCAAACAAAUACUCAUAAGAAGUUAGGUAAUUGCAUCUUGGUUUCUGGAUAUUCGAGUAAUUCAUCUGCUUGCCACUAUGGAUACAUCACCCCAGCCGCUUACUCAACUAGUCUCUCAUUUUAUUAACCGUUCACGAAACAAUCAAACCUCGGGGUGGACUGAGCUUUGGAACAAUGACAAGAGCGGUUUCUGGGACCGUAUGGGCCCAUCGCCCGCUCUCAUCGACUGGAUAGAGUCACAGCCCGAAAUAUCACAAUCUUCUACCAAUUCUCGACCAAUUGCCCUCAUCCCCGGCUGUGGGAAAGGCUACGAUGUUGUUAUGCUAGCUCUCCAUGGGUUCGAUGUAUAUGGCUUGGAGAUCUCACAGAAGGCUAUUGAAAUAGCAGAAGUCAAUGCGGCAGCCCAGUUUUGCGAGCCAUCCAGCUAUAACUUUGGCUCGUCAGCAGCAAGUCGAUCAACUACAUGCCGAGGCAAUGUGAAGUUCAUCCAAGGAGACUUUUUUGAGGCAGGCUGGGAAAAGGUAGUGACCGAGGACUUUCAGGGCUUCGACUUAAUUUAUGAUUAUACUUUCUUAUGUGCCCUCCCACCUGAUCUACGAAAGGACUGGGCUCGUCGCAUGGGUGAGCUUAUCUCCCCAACCGGGGUACUUGCCUGUCUCGAGUUUCCUUUAUAUAAGGAUUUAAGAGCUCUUGGCCCGCCUUGGGGGUUAAAAGGCGUCUACUGGAACAUCCUAGCUGAAGGUGGUGAUGGUAUCACCUCUGAAAACUCAAUACAAGAGACUGGGUCACUAAAGGGGCUGUUUCAAAGAGUGGUCUACUUCAAACCACCACGAUCGUAUGAGGAUGGGAAGGGCACCGAUAUGUUUAGCGUCUGGAAACUGAAAGGUUAGAGAGGCUUAAAUUUACCGAUAACAUUAGGUAUAGUUUUAUAUAAGACGUAGUACGUGAAGCGACUUCGAGUUGGGACGUAGGAGUGAAACUUGACAAAUAUAAAGGGGUUCGGAUUUAAUUAACUUGUAGGAUUGGUGAUAUUAGGAUUGGGGAUAUCUCCGAAUAUAAGGUCCGUGCACAAAGCUGACGUAUUAUAUUGACCCAAGGCAGAAGUUAA